AGGACUAGGAGCCUGGCAGAUCCGGGCGUCGCACACUCUCUUCCCCUUCCCUCCUCUCCUGCCCUCCCCCUCUCCCGCCCACUGCUCCCUCCUCCCCCAGAGCCCUCCUGCCAGUAGCCCCUGCACUUCCAGACAGCCUUCCAGGAUUAUGGAGUUUCUGAGCGAGAAGUUUGCCCUUAAGAGCCCGCCAAGUAAAAACAGUGACUUUUACAUGGGCACAGGAGGCGCGUUGGAGCACGUUAUGGAGACGCUGGACAAUGAGUCCUUUUACAGCAAAGCGUCCUCAGGCAAAUGCGUGCAGGCCUUCGGGCCGCUGCCGCGAGCCGAGCAUCACGUGCGUCUAGAGAGGACCUCGCCCUGUCAGGACAACAGUGUAAACUAUGGGAUCACCAAAGUGGAAGGACAGCCACUUCACCCAGAGCUAAAUAGAGCGAUGGACAGCUGCAACAACCUCAGGAUGUCUCCUGUGAAAGGGAUGCCAGAGAAAGGCGAACUGGAUGAACUUGGGGACAAAUGUGACAGCAAUGUAUCUAGCAGCAAAAAGAGGAGGCACCGAACCACAUUCACCAGCUUGCAGCUGGAGGAGCUGGAGAAGGUCUUUCAAAAAACUCAUUACCCUGAUGUAUACGUCAGAGAACAGCUUGCACUGAGAACAGAGCUCACAGAGGCCAGGGUCCAGGUCUGGUUUCAAAAUCGAAGGGCCAAGUGGAGAAAAAGAGAGCGUUAUGGCCAAAUACAGCAAGCUAAAAGCCAUUUUGCUGCAACUUAUGACAUAUCAGUUUUACCAAGAACUGACAGCUAUCCACAGAUUCAGAACAAUUUGUGGGCAGGAAAUGCAAGUGGCGGUUCUGUGGUUACUUCGUGUGUGUUACCACGUGAUACUUCCUCCUGCAUGACACCUUAUUCUCACUCGCCUCGGACAGAUUCCAGUUACACAGGGUUUUCAAACCAUCAGAACCAGUUCAGUCACGUGCCCCUCAACAAUUUUUUCACUGACUCUCUUCUGACUGGGGCUACCAAUGGACAUGCAUUUGAAACCAAGCCAGAGUUUGAAAGGAGGUCCUCCAGUAUCGCCGUUCUUCGAAUGAAAGCCAAGGAGCACACUGCCAAUAUUUCAUGGGCCAUGUAACAUACAGUACUCUUAUUUUUCUUCUCAUAGAAAAGUCAAACAUUCUUAUUUCUCAUAUUUAAAGGAUACCACAAUAAGCUGCUGUGUGUGGAAUGGCUAAAGGUCAAGAUAUACAGUGAGACCAGCUUAAGUGAAUAGUUGUUAUUAUUUAACAUUAAAAUCUAAGAAUGAACCUCUGAAAGGACUAAAUAGGUUUACCAUGUGCUAGCCUCCACAAACCGUUUUAGUAAUAAGAUUUUUUUCUCUUAUUGUACAAGUCGAUGAAAUAUGGUCAUGCAACUUCUUAAAGGAAUAAAUGUAUUAAACAAA